AUGCCAUUCCUCAUACUCACUUAGAUGCAGGAUGGAUAUAAACCUUUGAAGGUUACUAUAGUGAGAGCGUUCAGUAUAUUUUAGACUCAUUAAUCCCUACUUUGGAGGUAAAUCCUCAAUAUAAAUUUAAUUGGGCUGAAGUUGGAUAUCUUCAAAGAUGGUGGAAUGAAUAAACUCAAUAAACAAAAAAAAGGUUCAAAAAACUAGUAGAUAGGAAGUAAAUUCAAUUUACCUCAUGUGGGUUGGUAAUUAGACCCGUUCGGCUAUUCUGCUGUAACUCCUAGUUUAUUCUCAGAAUAUGGAAUUGAUACUCUAUUCAUCACUAGAAUUGGAACCAAAGUCAAGGAAGAUCUUAAGAAGCAAGGACAUUUACAGUUUAAAUGGAGAGGGCAUAAUCCUAAUCAAGAGUUGUUUGUUUAAGUUUAUUAAGGAGAGGUAUACACAGUAACUCAUUAAAUACCAUACGACCCUUAAAUGAAAGCUAAGUCUUGUGGGUUUGAGGACAUAGCUGCUGAGAACUUAAUGUGCCUUGACUAUUUUGUCCAGGAUGUAGUUAAUAACUUUAUGAACACUACUGAUUUACAUGCAGAUAAGGGAGAUCAUGUGUUUCAUAUUCCAGCCUUUUUUGGUGAUGAUUUUACUUACACUAGAGGAUAAGAAACCUUUUAUUAUAUUGAUAAAUUUGCUAACUUACUGAGCAAACACUCAAAAGAGAGAUAUUUCAUUCAGAUGGAUAUUAAAUAUUCUACAAUAGACGAGUAUUUAGAGGAUAUCGCCAAAGUCAAUACAACUUAUCCAAUAUAUUAGGGUGACUUUUUACCUUAUAUUGAGGCUAUGAAUUGUCCAGUAGAAGAAUGCCCACUUGGUAUUAGGUUUGACUAUUGGAGUGGAUAUUACUCUACUAAACCUGUCUUUAAGCAAUAAAUUAGAGAUCUCUUAAAUCUAUAAAGAAAUUCUGAGAAGCUUUUGAUGUUUUCUCUUUUUGUUUAAUACCUUGCUUCCGAGGAGAUGGAUUAAAGGGGCAUAAUUUAGAUUUUGAAUAGGACUCGAGAGUAAACAUCCAUUCUUACGCAUCAUGAUGCCAUUACAGGUACUCAUACUCAUCAUGCUAAAAAAGACUACAGUUUGAGAAUAGAUUAAGCUACAACUUUACUGAAAGCUAAUAAUUAGGAUAUCCUUCAACAAUUAGAUAUACUAAUGAAGAAAUACUAAGGAGAACAUGACAAUCUUUUCAAUCUAUUAAAUUUCCUCUAUGAUGAAAAAGCGAAACAUGGAAUAUCAGAUUUUCAACAUAUAAGAGUAUUCAAUUAAGAAUUAUCUGGAAUGAGUGAUCUUAUAGUAAAAUUUGAGGCUAAGGAGUCAAAAUAUAUGGUGAUUUUAGAUUCCAAUUUCAAUGAAAUGCUAGCUCAGUAGAGAGUUAUUAAGGAUUGGGAAACUAAGUAAGUAGAUAUUCAAAGAGAAAAUGAACUAUAAGUAGAGGUUUCAAUGCUUAUAAAAGAUUAUAACCCUUUAUCAAUACUUUCUUUCAUUAUGAUUACAUUCAAUAGCAUUGAAGAAUGUAGAUCAUUUUUAAACUCUGAUUUUAUGACUAAUGAAGGCUAAUUCAAAAGAGAUGAAAGAUAUUGCUAUUCUUACUACGAAUCAUCUUACCAAACUUCAAUCGAUGAAGAUGGAAUAUUAAUUGAAAAUAAAGAUCAUAAGAUCCACAUCAAUGCCCAAGGCAUGAUAGAUAAAUUAACUUAAGGAGAACUAGAAAUUGCUGUAUCCUAAAACUAUAUGAGAUACGAUGGAAAAGAUACCAACUCAGGCCUAUAUCUUUUUAACCCAUAUUCUAAAGCUGAAUUAAUAGAAGGGUUGAGAUUAGUUAAAGUAAUUAAGGAUGAUGGACCUCUCUUUCAAUGUUUAAAGAUCUUCCAUCAGUCAGACAAAUAAGGAGAUAUUUUAUUCUCAAACGAUAUCUGCCUUGAUAAAUAUGGGGAUUCUUAAGAUCUCAUUCAUUAAAAUCUGAGAGCUUAUACUAGUACUUACAAUGAGCUAGUGUUAAGAUAGCAAAUAAUAGAAAUCAAUGGUAAGCAAGCUGUAAACUUAGAUUUUUACACUGAUGAUUCUAUUAAACAGAUUAAAAGAAAAGUGUAUACUCUUUAAGAAGCAAUUUAGAUAGGUAUCAGCAUGGCUUCAGGAUAAGAUGAGUUUGUAGGUUACAAUGGAUAUCCAUGCAAUAAUGGUUUAGUAAUUAAUGGCAUGUCCGCUGGAGUAUCAAUUGGAAUGAGCCUUUCUCAUCCAGUCACCUGCCACUUAAUUGAUUCCAACACUUUUGAAAUGAUUUUAACUAGAUCUUUAGGCAAUAAUGAUAUAAAAGGAAUUUCAUCUUUGAGGAACACUGAUAUAACACUUUCAGAUCUUAAAAUCAACUUAAAUAUAGAUAAAGUAAAUGAUUAUAAAACAUCAAUUGAUUUCAUAAAUACCUACAACCUAGGCAAAGCAUUAAUCAAAGAUUAGCCUCUUAUCUUCACACACGAAGUUGAUAAUAAGUGGAACAAAGAAGUUUAUAUGGACUAUCAAAUCUUCAAGAAUUCUAUCAUUGAAGAUAGAGAUGUUUAACUAAAGAAAGUUCAUUAUGAUGAAGAAAAGAAAUAGAUUUAUCUUUACAUAAAAAACACGCUGCCUUAGCAAAUAGAAAUUGAAUCGGAAAAUUUUAAACCUUUAGAGCAUGGAAAGAUUAAACUAAGCUAGCUAGGACAUUUAAAACCGUUAAUAAGCUAAUUCUAGAAUGUAUUUAUUGGAGAUGAUAGAUAAAUCCUCUAGGAUAUCAAACCAAGAUAUGAAACUUAUGAUUAGAUCUAUCCUAACUUUGAAAAGAAAAACAUAUGUGAAUCAUCCACAUAAAUUUGUCUUGAGCCAAAUGAAAUCGCUGUAAUUUGGGUCCAAAUGCAAUUCACUGAGGAGGAAUAAGCUUAAAUUUCAAAUGAUCUCUCAUAAAUUGAUAGAGAGGAAGAGAUAAGAAGAUUAUAAAAGGAAUAGGCAUAAUAGAAUUUGCAGUAGUAAUAACCAUCAUUAGAUGAGACAUAAAAUAAUAAAAAAAGACAAAGGAGAAAAUACAAUAAAAGAGAAAUGCCAGUUGAAGGGGAUAGUAGGACUCAUUUGUGCUUUAAGCUUCACAUAAUUGCACUAUUGAUUUUGGCUUAAAUGGGCACUGCAGCCUUCUUAUUCUACGCUUCAUGCGCAGCAAACAAGAAAAAAAGUAAGAGCUCAAAUCACUCUCAUUGA